AACGACGUACUCUCGAUUCUAUCGAUUUGUCCCUAAUCGCGCCCGCAGCCGAUCGCCGGCAGAUUCACUGUUAGCAAGCCGCGAACAUAUGAGCGCGCGAGACCGAGGACGCUCCUUGCGACGAAAUUGACAAGACACCGUCCGCCAGCUCCGUUCUCGAGCAGGGACGCGAACAAUUGGUAAGAUUAAGCAGCACCACGGCGUGAUGCGGGCGAAAGGACGAUAAUGAUCCUCGCACGGCCGACGAUUGUUCUCGAUAUCGCAAAAUCGAAGUACCAAGGUUUAAACCCCCUCCCCGGGGAAACGGGACUCUCACGUCGCGAGAAUGUCUGCUGACCUGCUGCCGGAAUCGGUGAAUCUGUUCCUCGACGACUUCGAGACCAGCCUAUGCCUGCCCAUCCUCGUGGUCAUGGUGCUCUGCACCGCGCAAUUCGUAUUUAAUCACGCCUUUGGUAUCGGAUACACAAUCUAUCAGAGCGUGAGGGGGCCGGGGACGGAAGAGGAGGAGGAGGAGCGGGAUAAAACUGAUAUGAUGGGAAGGCUGAAAGGUCUAAUGUCAGGCAAAUAUACCUUACGCGCCCCUCGAAAUAGCACGUAAUGCGUAAUUGUUACAUAUUCAAGACCUGCCGCGGCAAGUCCUCGUGAAUAAAGCCAACGGCACACAGUACUAUUUUGCCUACUGGAUUGUUUACGAGAGCCAAUUAGGAUAUAGCUUUAAGUCACCUGAUCUAAAACUCUGUACCCUUAUCAGUUCUGGUAAGCAAUCCAGUAGGAAAAAUAGUAUCGUGUGCCGUUGGCUUAAUUUCAGAGUCCCGUGAGAUAUUUUCCGAAACGUGUAAAAAGAAACCACCCGCGCCCGAGAGAUAGAGAGAGAGAGAGAGAAAGAG